UGCUUUUAAAAAUUAGGUUAUUAUGUCGAUUGGGGUUUAAUUGAUGGUAUGUUUAUUUUUGAAAAAUUUCAGUGAAGAAGGAGAUACAACGUUUCAAAUAUAUUAUCGUGGGAAGUUCGAGACUAAUGAAGGUGGAAUGAUCACAUAUGUUGGUGGGGAACGUCAUGUGCUUCAAACCCAGGCUCAAGCUUUGUUUACAGGGUUGACUAAUGAUUUCCCUAUAUCUUUGUAUGGUCAAAGAAUCUGGUUCAAACUACCAUACGAGACUAUGAAGGAUCUGAAAAUUUUGAGUAAUGGUAGUGACACAUUUCGAUUGAUGUGUGAAGCUUCAUAUUGGACAAAGUAUAUAGAAGUUUUUAUGGAGCAUGAAAACGUCCAUGAAGAAGUAGUGAAUGAAGAGGUUGAAGAGGGAGGCCAAAGUAAUGGCGAGACAGAAGAGGUGCAAUAUGAAGAUGGAGAGAAUGAAUUUGAAGAAGAAUCUCGGGUUGAAGCUGUUAUAGCUCAGGUUUCUGAUGAUGAAGAUAAUGAAAAUUACAGAGACACUCCUCCUUGUUCUGACGAUGAGGAACAACAACAUCGAAGGCCUUAUGACGGAUGGAGGAGAGGCAGUGGAGAGCUACACAUAAGGCAAGUUUUUGAUAGUAUACCAGACUUCAAAGAUGCUGUGUUUGAGUAUGCAUUAAAGGGUGGGUGGAAUAUCCAAUUCACUAGAUGGGGAGGUGUAAAAUCAGAGGCAAGAUGUGGAGUAGAAGUCGAAGAAGGAGAAAUUCCAUGCUCUUGGAGGAUAUAUUUGUCGUAUGAAGAAUCUGUUUCACAAUGGAUGGUGAAGACAUUCCAAGAUGUCCAUAGUUGUUUCAAAGAUGGUCACUGCAAGAUAUUGUCGGAGUCACGCAUUGCGAAGAUGUUUUUAAAUGAAGUGAGGGAGGAUCCGGAAAUGAAGCCUAAAACACUCCAAGAACAGAUUCAAUUACGAUAUGACUUGAAUCCAUCUCAUGACCAAUGUCGCAAGGCGAAGAAGAAAGCUUUGGAUCUCAUUCAAGAUGAGCAUGAUGAACAAUUUCGUAGGAUUAAAGACUAUGAAAUAGAAAUUCAAAAGACAAAUCCCGGAUCAGUUACAGACCUUCGAACCGUUAUUGGGCCUGGUGAACUUGAAGUUUUUGAUCGCUUCUACGUUUGUUAUGCUGUUCUGCGAGACAUAUGGCUAGCCACUUGUAGACCAAUCUUUGGGAUAGACGGGUGCUUCCUCAAAACAACGGCUAAGGGCCAACUUCUAGCUGCAGUGGGAAGAGAUGCAAACAAUCAGAUUUACCCUCUUGCUUGGGCUGUGGUGCAUAAAGAGAAUACAGAGACAUGGGUAUGGUUCUUGCAAAAGCUGAAGACUGAUUUAAAACUUGGAAAUGGUGAUGGGUUUACCCUUGUUUCAGAUAGACAAAAGGUAUGUAUAAUCAUUCAUAAUCUUAAAAAAAAAUUAUGGUAUUUUUUCAAUUGCUUAUGGCAUUUUUGUUUGGAUUUAGGGAUUACUUAUAGCUGUGGAUGAGGAGUUACCAAACGUCGAGCACAGGAUGUGUGCAAGGCAUAUCUAUGGGAA